UAUAUAAACGGAGCUGGUCUCUUGGCUUAAUGCGAACACAGACAUAAUACAAGAAAUGGGGCGUCUCGUUAAUGGAGCUUGUCUCUUGGCUUUGUUAUGGUUCAAUGUUUUUGUGGUGAGUUAUGUGGCUGCGAGAGAAGGUGUGACCUUUAACAGAGAUGAAGCGGAGAAGACCUUCACAGGAAGCAGCAAAGGCUUUGGAGGUGGUUUUGGCGGUUGGCACAGCGUGGGAUUUGGUAAAGGAGGUGGCAUUGGUAAAGGUGGAGGCACUAUUGGCCACGGAAUAGGCAAAGUGGGCGGUUUUGGAGGUGCGAUUGGUAAAGGUGGUAGCUUUGGGGGCGGAAUAGGUAAAGGCGAUUGUUUUGGAAAAGGCGGAGGGAUUGGAGGUGGCAUCAGCAAAGGCGGUGGUUUUGGAAGUGGUGUGAUUGGAGGCGGUAUCGGCAAAGGCGUUGGAAUUGGUAAAGGAUGGGGCUUUGGCGGUGGCUGGAUUGGACACCAUUGAGCUAAAUGAGAAGAAAGUUGUAGUUGCACUACAUGGAUGUCUAACGUAAAACAAGAUGGUUUAACGGACUUCUGAAUAAAAUGAACUGGCUUUCACGUA